AUGGCAGCCAUGGCCGAUAUCACGGUCUACGACAUGCCAACCUCCCCUCCUAAUUUGGAUGGGGUAGGUGUCUUUUACAUCUCUUUCUGCGUCAUCUGGACCACGCUUUUACUCGCCGGUAUGACCUUCUGCUUGGUCAACCGACACAUCCCCAUCCUCAAAGUCCGUGGCCUACCUCUAUCAUUCUCUGCUAUCGCCCUUCUCCAUAUCUAUUGGAUCCUGGGCCAGAUCACAUACCCAAUUGGUGCAACUGUCCCUACUGUUCUCGCCUAUGACAUCCAGUACUUCGCCAUGGGCAUUUACUUCCCACUUGGUAUCGCCCUAUUCCAAGCUUCCAACAUCCGCUUUCUUCAUGUCGCCAAGAUGCAGAAGCAAUUCCUCCACCCCGAGAUACGGGCUGAGAGAAAGUGCAACGAUGCAAAGUCAUCAUGCCUCUGCCGUCUGAGAACCAUGGAUUAUAUGAAACGGACUCUGUGGCUCAUUGGUAUCGGCAUGUUGUUGCAGUUUAUCAUCACCGUCGGGAUGUGGCUUGCAUGCAAAAAGUAUCAUCCAACCUACGGUAUUUCAGGUACAGAGAUUCACGGCACGACAGUCCAAGAGCAGAUGGUGUAUCUGGGUCGAGGAUGGGAAUGGUGGCCAUCCUUGUUGUGGCAAGUAAUCUGGACAUGGAUUGCGGCUCCAAUUCUCAUUUGGCGGGCAUGGGGAAUCCAUGAUACAUUGGGAUGGCGAACUCAAACUAUUGCCUGCUGCCUUUCUGGUCUCCAUGCCACCCCUAUGUACUUGAUUGCGUCAUACGUGCCUGCCUUUGCGAAGGUCAACACGUAUUUCCCCCCGAGUCAAUGGAUUCACGUAUCGAUCAUGAUGUGGGAGAUAUUCACUGUGUUUGUCCCCAUCUUCCACGUUAUCAGGCUAUGGACAUUGAGCAAGAAAGCCACCGCCUCGAAAAACAAGUAUAAUUCAGCAUCGAUAUCAAUGACAAUGCUGAACAAAUCCCCCUCACCCUCAGUGGGGUGGAAUAAUAGAUCUUCAUCCACACUUGGUGAUAAGGGUGAGCCGGUCGAGUCCUUUAACGAAUGCAUGGUCGACCGAAUCUACACAAUGGAUGCCCUCGAGCAUGUCCUAAACCAAAGUCCAGGGCAACUACAGAAAUUUGCCGCAUUAAGUGAUUUCUCGGGAGAGAAUAUCGCGUUCCUAAGCGAAGUGGCAUUAUGGAAAUCAUAUUGGCCCGGAAGCCUGGAUGAAAAGCAGCUUCCCGAUGCAUUCAAUCAGGCACUACGGAUCUAUGUCAACUUUAUCAGCACGCAAGAUGCCGAGUUUCCUCUGAACAUAUCUUCGCAAACUCUCAAGCUAAUGCAGUCUGUUUUUGAGCAGCCAGCUCGCAGUCUGUUUGGAGAGAAAAGUAUCAAUACUACCUCACCUUUCGAAGCCGACCCUUUUGCACACCCGCAAGAUUUUGAAGGUGUCCAGAUGUCAUACGACGAUAGGUAUACGGGAGAUAUACCCGUUGGAUUUGAUAUGGCCAUUUUCAACAACCUACAAGAGGAGAUCAAAUAUCUGGUUUUGACAAACACGUGGCCUAAGUUUGUCGAGUCGAUGCGACGACGGUCGAGUGACACCGAGCGCAGCGAUUGUACUACACAGUCAGAGGCAUCGCUGAGGAGCUGGAUCUCGAAUCAGCGUUUGAAACUUCGAUUAUUCCUUUAA